AUGUCCGUUCGGUGCCGCCACCUGCUGGUGAAGCACAGCGGCUCGCGGAACCCUGUGAGCCGCCGCACGCAGCAGGCGGUGACGCGCAGCAAAUCGGAGGCUUUGCUGCUGCUGCAGGAGCUGCAGCAGCAGCUGCAGCAGCAGCAGCAGCAGCUGGAGCAGCAGGGGCUGCCGCUGGAGCAGCGGCAGCAGCAGCAGCAGCAACUCUUCGCAGCACUCGCGCAGCAGCACAGCGACUGCAGCUCCUUCCGCCAAGGAGGAGAUCUCGGCUGCUUCUCCAAAGGACAGAUGCAGCAGCAAUUCGAAUUUGCUGCUUUCAGAUUGCCUAGCAGCAGCAGCAGCAGCAGCAGCAGCAGCAGCAGCAGCAGCGGCGGCGGCGGCAGCAGUGCAGCAGCAGCAGCAGUGCAGCAGCAGCAGCAGCAGCAGCAGCAGCAGUGCAGCAGCAGUGCAGCAGCAGAAGCUGCAGCAGCAGAAGCAGCAGCGGAAGCUGCAGCAGCAAGGAGCGAAGAACAGGCCCGGCGUGCAGUAGUGGAGAGUCGGAAGCAGCAGCAGCGGCACCAUGAGCAGCAGCAGCGGCGACAGCAGCAGCAGCAGCAGCAGCAGCAGCAGCAGCAGCAGCAGCAGCAGCGAUGUGCUGGAACAUAUGGAGUUUGA